AUGACCCGCCAAUUUAGUGCGAAAGCGACGCGCGGACUCCAGAUUGAGCUUGGGCUCUCGAACGUCGAGAUCUAUAGUGAUGAGGUCUCGUGGAUCGCCACGCGAGUCAUCAAUUCUGUUACUGGCCAGAAAGUUAUAAAAAUGCUGCCCUCAAUAAAUAGUUUGGAUCUUGCCUACAUGAAAAGGAGAAAAGCUGAAAAUUUGUCUAAUCUGUCUGAUUUAAAUACAGAUACUUUUGAAAUAGAGAAGAAAAAAAGACGGAAAGUCUGUAGGAGGGUCUAUGAUUCCAGCGAUGAAGAAAUACCCACAAGAAAAGUUGGCGCUAAGAAAAGGAAAGAAAGUAGUAAUGUGACACUUGAUAAAAAAAUAAUUAAAUUGUCUUACCUUCCCAUUGAUACAAUGGAGAAGUUAUAUGAAGUUAAUAAUAAUGUGCAGAACAAUGUGGAGUGUGCUAAUUUGGUGGAUCAUUUAUGCACACUUGGUGGACAGAAUGUAAAAGAUUGUGUGCAUCGAAUGAUGAAAGCAUUGAUGACGCACCAAGUCAGCCUCAACAUUACAUGGAUGGGCCAGAAAAAAGAAAAGGAGGGCUGGUCAAGACUUCUACUUCGAGAUGCCCUGAUUAAUGCCAUACAAAAAAAUCUAAGGACUGGGCAUGCCACAGAGGCAGAUUGUGAUGUUGAGGUGAAAAAAUGGCUUCGGAAUGCACCGGACAGGUAUGGUGGAAGAGCCAAAAGGGAACAAGCCAAAAGCAGCACAUAG